AUGGCUAAAGUCAAACCAUGCGAAGUCGAAUGCAAUCCAUCAACUUCAGGAGGUCGUGUCGGCUACCUGGUAACGUUGGCUGCGAAGGUAUUUGGCAUUGUGUCAAAACGAUUCGAGCGAAGUCCAUCAUUGCCAUCGACUGACGGGAGCUUAGAAAUCGGUGACAGAGGAGUCAAUCUUCCAGAUGAAAAGUUGAAGAGAGAUGAAAAUGACGCGAUGUCGAUUCUAGCUGUUCAAGCAUUCUGGUAA